CUCCGCCGCCGUCAUGCCGCCCUACACCAUCGUCUACUUCCCGACCCGAGGGCGCUGCGAGGCCCUGCGCAUGCUGCUGGCCGACCAGGGCCAGAGCUGGAAGGAGGAGGUGGUGACCAAGGAGUCCUGGUUGCAGGGCCCACUCAAGGCCUCCUGUCUGUACGGGCAGCUCCCCAAGUUCCAGGAUGGAGACCUCAUUCUGUACCAGUCCAAUGCCAUCCUGCGACACCUGGGCCGCUCCUUUGGGCUCUACGGCAAAGACCAGCGAGAGGCGGCGCUGGUGGACAUGGUGAAUGACGGUGUGGAGGACCUCCGCAGGCACUGCAGCCGCAUCAUUCAUCGCGGCCACGUGAGCAGGCCGGGCUUGCACUCAGGGCCGGCGCUGGGGGGCUGCCCGGGCCGGCACGGGCAGCGCUCCCUUUCACAGGAGGAGGACAAGGCCCAGUAUGUUCUGGAGCUGCCGGGGCACCUGAAGCCUUUUGAGAGCCUGCUGUCCCAGAACCGAGGGGGCCAGGCCUUCAUCGUGGGCGACCAGAUCUCCUUCGCAGACUACAACCUGCUGGACCUGCUGCUGAGUCACCAGGUCCUGGUCCCCGGCUGCCUGGACUCCUUCCCCCUGCUCUCGGCCUACGUGGCCCGCCUCAGCGCCCGGCCCAAGCUGCAGGCCUUCCUGGCCUCCCCGGAGCACGUGAACCGCCCCGUCUUUGGAAGCCGCAAGAUAUGA